AUGAGUGCAAUUGCAAAUAUUGGAUUGCGUCUUGUUGGAACUGCAAAAGUAUAUUACAAAAUAAUAUUUCAACAAAAUGUUUUACGAUCCAUGUGUAUUAAUGCUCAAGAAAAAUCAACUGAAAACUUGAAAAUAGAAAAUGCUGAUGAAAAAAAAACUUUCAAGUAUUCUAUAUAUGGAACAAAAAUUAUAACAUCAAAUUUAUUUCUUAAUGAUUUUGGAAUAACAAUAAAAACACCAGAAGAUAAUAAAAGUUUUAUUAACAACCCUCACACAGGUAUAAUCAGAAUUAGCAAAGAAUUGGAUGAAAAUAGGCCAGAAAAAUUAGCAGUACAAAAGCCACCACCAAUGAUGAAAAUUGGUAAAUUCAAUGCAACAAUUAAACGUGGUAAAUUAACAUUAGCAACACAUGAAGGCGAUAAAACAUUUAUUUUCUCUAACGAAUCGUAUCUCGGAGUAAAAAAAUCGACUAAGAAUUUAGAAAAUGAAGUUGCUGCUAAAAAAAAAGAAGAUAAAACAAUACCAUCAAAAAUUGGUGAAUUUAAUAUAUUACAUGAUAGUAAAUUAACAUUAAAAACAUCAGAAGGUGAAAAAAAAUUAACAACUGAUUACCGCUUUUGCACUGAAGUUGAAGAAGAAUUAACUAAAAAUUUACAAAAUGGAAUUGCUGCUAAAUACGUAGCUCCAAAGAAAAAUGCAAUAUCUCCAAUAAUUGGCAACUUUAAUUUGUCAUUUAAUGAUCGAUUAGAAUUACAAAAACAAAAGAGUGAUGAACUAGAAGUAUAA